AUGGGGCCCGCCGCUCAAAGUUGUGGAAAGGGUGUCUGUCCGCCUCCUCUCUGCUACAAGGACUGUCGGUUCGCCAGCCUUCCGUGCACUGAGCGUCAGGCUCCUUCCCGUGUGGCGACGUCGUUUCGAGACAGCUAUCACCUCGACUAG